GGUGUAUCGCUACGCGUGGUACGCGCCAAUUAAUACGCUGCCACACCACCAUUCCGCUGCCCUUUGUUUUUGUCCGAAAGAUACUGCUCCUCCAUCACCAGCAUUCCGCAUUCCUCCGGGCAAUUAAAAACCCCGCCACCACCGCUCUUCCUCCUCCGAAUCCGCCCGCCCGUCCCGUCCCUCGCUCGCCGGCGCCUCCGCUGCGACUGCGAGCGGCCUCGCGCCCGCCGGCCAUGCUGCUUCUUUUCCUCGCCGCGACCCCUCGCGCAGACGCCUAGCGAGGCCGCACGGCGACGGCCCGCCGCCGGGGAGCCGCCGACCUAUGCCCCCCGACCAGUCCGGCAUUGGCUGACACGCAAAUGCCCCCUGCAGCUUGCUGCUAGCCGCAGCCUGUACAUACACACGCGCGCAUACGGAGACACGCCGCCGCGGCCGGAGGCUGAAGCGAGAAAUCGGCUCCCCGCGCUUCGCCGCCGCCGCCGCCUCGUCGCCCGAGAGGAGUUUUAGCCUCAAAGGCGUGACCUUUUGUUUUUCUCUUAUCAUUUUUGUAGCUUUUCUUUCGUGAUUUUGGGAGCGUCUUCUCGCGGCGUGCCGGCGAGAUGGGAGUCGUGGACUUCUCGGUACUGGGCGCGCUGCAGAAGGUCAGAUCCUUCGUCGCCGGCCCCACGCCGGUGGAAGCCGCCGACGGCCGGCCGGCCGCGACGCCGAUGUCGGGCAGCGGGGGGCCGUCCCCUGCGGACUCGCCGCCGCCCGUCGCGGCGAGAUCCGGGGGCAGGCGCGCCAUCGCCCUGCGCCGGCAGAUCUCCUCGCCGCAGCUGCUCCGCUGCCGCGCUGUCAGCCGAGCUUAUGAUGACGAUGACUGUGAGCCCGGGGUUCAGUUUUUCGCCCCUGGGAAUGACUUCUUACAUGACUUUUCAGAUACAGACUCUGUUAGUGUUAGUACCCCUAACGGGAUCAACCGGUCCCUGACCCCAAGCCCCUUGGAGAGCCCGACUUGGAUGGUGAAGCAGAAUGACAGUCUGUCAAGAUCCAGGAAGAAUGGCGGUUUCAUUCCAGAUCCUCCUGGAUAUGGUACAACGGCGAGUGUAGGAUCUGAUGGUCCUGUGGAACAGAUGAAUGGUAGUAUCACUGACAGUAGCGGAGAAGGAAGCAAAACUCAGAAUCUUGUCGAUUUUGGGGCUGAUAUUUGGUGCCCACCACCCCCAGAAGAUGAGGAUGAUGACAUCGAAUCGAGAUUAUUUGGAUUUGACGAUGAGGAUGAUAGUGUUGGGGACUCAAGCGGGCUUCUUCGUGGUAGCUUUAGAACUAACAAAAUAACUGGUGUUGAUGGGAUCACAAACAUUUCUCAGAAAGAGGGUCAGAAGAAUGCUGUGCUCGGUCAUUUCCGGGCUCUUGUGGCUCAGUUACUGAAGGCAGAAGGUGUCGAUCUGGGAACUGAAGAUGGGCCGAAAAAUUGGCUUGAUAUUGUCUCAUCCUUAACUUGGCAAGCAGCAAGCUAUGUGAGGCCAGAUACCAAGAAAGGAGGCAGCAUGGAUCCUACUGAUUAUGUGAAGGUCAAAUGUAUAGCAUCAGGGGAUCCAAGCGAUAGUAAUUUUGUUAGAGGAGUUGUUUGCUCUAAGAAUGUAAAACACAAACGCAUGGUCUCGGAGCAUAGGAAUGCAAAAUUACUCAUUUUAGGGGGCGCACUCGAGUAUCACAGGGUUCCUAAUAAACUGGCAUCCAUUGACAGGAUUCUUGAACAGGAGAAGGAGCACCUGAAAAUGGUUGUUGGAAAGAUUGAGUCCCGGCGACCUAAUGUGGUGCUAGUCGAGAAAAGCGCCUCAUCUUCUGCUCAGGAGCUCUUUUCAAAAGAUAUUUCGUUAGUUCUGAAUGUCAAGAGGCCACUUUUGGACAGGAUAUCAAGAUGCACAGGGGCACAAAUUGCCUCAUCAGUUGACAGUAUUGCUUCAGCAAGGCUAGGUCACUGUGAAAUGUUCAAGGUGCAAAAAGUUACAGAAUUCUCAUCAGCUAAACAGACAAAUAGGAGGUCAACCAAGACACUAAUGUUCUUUGAAGGCUGCCCUUGGCGUUUGGGUUGCACGGUUCUACUGAGAGGGUCAUGUCGGGAGGAACUGAAGAGGAUUAAGCAUGCUGUACAGCUUGCAGUUUUUGCUGCUUAUCACCUUUCUCUUGAAACAUCAUUCUUUGCAGAUGAGGGUGCAACACUUCCUAAAUUCCCCUCGAGACAUGUGGCAGUUGAGCCAGAUAUGAGGAAUUGUACAGACAACAAUUCUGCUGCAUUGGCCACUGUUGGAAUGCCCCCUCAUGGUCAUGGAUGUAGAUCAGAACAGGGUAAACUCUCACAGGCUACUAUGGUCAACAUGAUUGAAAAUAUCUCGAUAUCACCUAGUUCAUUACCAUCGAAUGAGGAAGCACAUGGGUUUAUGGGUAACUCUGAGCAUACAGAAACUGAAUAUUAUGUUGAUCAUCUGAACUCUUGUAAACAUUGUGAAUCCCGUGCACCUGGUUCAUGCAGUAGGCAUGAAACACCUAUGCAACCUCAAGAUUUGUAUAACUUUGCAAAGCUUGCAGCUAAAGUUCACCGAGAUGAGCUUCCAGUAAAGAAUUAUCAGCAUGUGGAUCAUUGGAAUAACAAACUGCUUGACGAUUGUCACUCAGCAGACCAGCAUGAUCUGAAUGAAUUUCCUGGCGAAUACUUUUCUGGUACUGACAAUCAUCAGAGCAUCUUAGUUUCACUUUCAAGUACUUGUAUCCCAAAAGGCUUGGUAUGUGAGCGUUCCCAGCUUUUUCGCAUCAAGUUUUAUGGUAGUUUUGAUAAGCCACUUGGGAGAUACCUACGGGAAGACUUAUUUGAUCAGGCAUAUUGCUGCCAGUCAUGCAAAGAGCCAUCCGAAUCACAUAUCAGGUGUUAUACUCACCAGCAUGGGAGCUUAACGAUUAGCGUUAGGAGGCUUCGAUCUCGAAAGUUGCCUGGUGAACAUGAUGGAAGGAUAUGGAUGUGGCACAGGUGCCUCAAGUGCGAACCUAAGGAUGGUGUGCCACCUGCCACACGAAGGAUAAUCAUGUCAGAUGCUGCCUGGGGUCUGUCAUUUGGGAAAUUCCUGGAGCUCAGUUUCUCGAACCAUGCUACUGCUAACCGAGUUGCAAGCUGUGGGCAUUCACUCCAGAGGGACUGCCUUCGUUUUUAUGGGUAUGGAAACAUGGUGGCAUUCUUCAGAUAUUCUCCUGUUGAUAUUCUCUCAGUUAAUCUUCCCCCAUCAAUACUGGAUUUCAAUUGUCGCAAUCCACAGGAGUGGCUGAAAAGGGUGGCAAUUGAGAUAUUUGGCAAAAUGGAAUCCUUGCAUGUGGAGGUAUCCGAAUUUCUUCAUCGUACUGAAAGGAACAUUGUAACUGAGGAUGAACCAGUGAAGGAAGGUGUUCAAAGGCAGAUUAUCGAGAUGAAGGAUUUGCUUAAAUUGGAAAGAAAUGAAUAUGAGGUUUUGCUUUUGCCAGUCAUAAGAGAAAGCAGAAGCCCCAUGCAAGCAUCAAUUGAUAGUCUGGAGCUCAACCGCUUGAGGCGUGGUCUUCUUCUUGAUGCCUACAUUUGGGAUCGGAGGCUGUGUCAUGUAGACUCACUUGUUAAAACACAUGGUCAUGUUUCAAAGAUCAGUUCUGAUAAUCUUGAUAUUCUCCUAUACACCAGGCUGAAAGAAUGGAAAGCUGAUUUGUUUCGUGGCAAUAUUGAGAUUGGAAAAUCUUUAGGAAGUCCAAGUAAAUCUUUGUUAUCCAGAGAGGGCCACUUGAAUGAUAAUGAAUGCAGUGUUGCUCAUGCAAAUUUGCAGACUUGUUUGGUGGAUCAUCCUGUGGAUGGUGCAGAGGAUCUUGACAAAGUCUACAGCAAAUUCACUGAAGGGAAAAAAUGGCCUGUUACUGAACCUUCUAAUGAUAUGGAACCUGUUGAGAGGUUACCCUCACUUGCAUCCAUUUUUUCUGAUAAUAUUGACUUGGCAUGGACUGGAUCUAGUGAUUUACAGUAUGAUCUUCCACAAGCUUUCACCAAAAUUGAGGAAAAUGGAUCCUUUAAUUUGGACAGUUCAAACUACAGGAAUUUAGUAGCCCCUGUUAGAAUUCACUCGUUCAAUUCUACAAUGGGUUUGCGCCAGAGAGAACGAACUGGAUUAGCUCCAACUUCUUUGCAUCUAUCGUCAUUCAAAUCUGCUGAAUUAUUCGGAGAUACAACAAGCAUCCUGAAAGACCCAAUGCCAAAUAUGCGAAGGGCCUGUUCUCAAAGGUCUCCUGGGGUACUAGAGAAAUUAAAUGUUGUUCUUGCCCGUACACCAACAUAUGUCUCAUCCGCUUCAAAUAUAAUUGAUGAUGGGGCACGGCUGCUGUUACCCCAGAUUGGAUAUGAAAGUGAUAUUGUUGUUGCAGUGUACGAUGAUGAACCCACCAGUAUUGUAUCGUAUGCCAUGACAUCAGAAGAGUAUGUAAGACAAGUCACACGCAGAUUGAAUUCCAAUUUGAGUUUUUCUCAUCUGUCAAAUAAUACUGAGUUCGGCAGCCAUGGACUUGAGGGGUCCCCACCCUCACAAGAAGAACAUUUGGAUUCUAAGGGUACUCAUUUUAAGUUCUCCUUUGAUGAUGAAUCUCCGAUUUCUCCAGAUAAAACAAAGUUCUCUGUGAUUUGCUAUUUUGAAAGGCAUUUUGCUGCGCUCAGAAAGAAAUGCUGUCCUAAGGAUAUUGAUUACAUACGUUCUCUAAGUCGCUGCAAGAGAUGGAAUGCACAAGGUGGAAAAAGCAAUGUUUACUUUGCAAAGACGAUGGAUGAGAGGUUCAUAAUCAAACAAGUUACCAGGACAGAGCUGGAAUCUUUUGUAGAAUUUGCUCCUCAGUACUUCAAGUAUUUGAUGGAAUCCUUGACUUCUGGUAGCCCAACUUGCCUGGCCAAAAUAGUUGGGUUAUAUCAGGUUAGUGUUAAGAGCUUGAAAGCUGGGAAAGAAGUAAAGAUGGAUAUUAUGGUGAUGGAGAAUCUUUUCUUCGAAAGGAAGAUAUCUAGGGUGUAUGACCUGAAGGGUUCAUUACGCUCACGCUAUACAUCCGGGGACAGCAAAGUCCUCUUGGAUUCAAACCUCUUAGAGGCAUUGCAUACUAAACCUAUAUUUUUGGGGAGCAAGGCAAAGCGAAGAUUGGAAAGAGCUGUCUGGAAUGAUACUUCAUUUCUUGCGCUGGCGGAUGUCAUGGAUUACUCGCUCCUUGUUGGGAUUGAUGAGGAGAAGAAAGAGCUCGUCAUUGGCAUCAUUGACUACUUGCGCCAAUACACCUGGGACAAACAGCUGGAGACAUGGGUGAAGGCCUCAGGCAUUCUUGGUGGCCCCAAGAACGAAUCCCCUACCGUCAUAUCUCCAAUGCAAUACAAGAAGAGAUUCAGGAAAGCCAUGUCCAAGUACUUCCUCACUGUCCCCGACCAGUGGUCCUCUUGACAGCUAACAUAGCGAUUGUUCACCGUAACCAGAGUACCAGACCAUCGGAAGCAUCAUCUCCCCAUAGUACAUGUCCGAAAUUCUUUCUGUGCCUAUUGUGAGAAGGUUAGCCAAUUCAAUUUGUACCCAGCACCUUCUGUAGACAUAGGUAUGGGAUCACCCUCCCUCUGGAUACCAAGCAUGGUCACUGCAGUGUCCAGCAACAGACCGAGGCUUGGUCCAUGUACAUUACAACUGACAUAGUUGAAAAGGGGAAAUUUGUAGAGGAAAUGGAGAAAAGUCUUUGUGCUGCAAACUGAACUUCCCUUUCAAAGCUGUCGGUUGCAGACUUACACAUCAGAAUGAAUGUGCUUUGAAAAAAGAGGGGAAGGACUCAUAGAACUACCCAUAUAAGAACGUCUAGCCACGGUACCGACAGCCAUGCAUGGUACAGCAUCACUGAAAGUGAAAGCUAUCGCUGGUGUUGGAGAGUAGUGACUGGGAGGGUUUUAUGCGAUGCAGCCGUAUUCUUCUUCGUAUCACUUUCAUUGGGAGUAGCAGGUGAACCGGGUGUGAAGAAUUGAAGACUCAUCCGAUUGUAAACGAGUGCUUGACUGCUUGAGGUCACCUCAAGUCGAAAAUUUUACAAUAAUCUAUACCGAUGAAGAUCUUGUGGUAA